UCGUUACGGAAACAUCUGGGAAUCCAGUGAUAAUAGCAAGUUGCGUUUGAGUGCAAGUGUUUGGAAAUUGUGGGAAGAGAGUUGAAAAUCUAUCGGAGGACUUUUGUGGACAAAAGUGUUAAGUGAAUUCUAUCAGAUGGCAGCCGUAAUGAGAAGCAUGGCCUUAGGGCAAAACAUUCAUAACAUUCUGCCAAACAACUGCAUUCUGGUGCAGCAGCAUAAGCCAAUCAAUCACCAUGGGAAGCGGCCAAUUGCGCCAGCUCCAAUGAUGGUGACAAAUCUGCCACAAGGAGUUGGACUGAAGUGCAAAACAGGAGUGACUGCUGCGAAGAAAUAUGCUUACUGUGGAUUGCCGUACGCGCCGACUCCCCAACAAGCGGCUUCCGUUCAGCGGAGAAAUGCACGCGAGCGCAACCGUGUGAAGCAAGUGAACAAUGGAUUUGCAAACCUGCGCCAGCAUAUUCCACCGACUGUGGUUUCGGCGUUGUCCAAUGGUGGUCGCGGAGCCAGCAAGAAGCUCAGUAAGGUUGACACGCUUCGCAUGGCGGUGGAGUAUAUCCGUAGUCUGCAGAAGAUGCUGGACGAGAAUAGUGAAAACAAUCAGAGUUGUCUGAGUCAGAUAUCUUCCUCGAGUUCUUAUUACGGAACUAUGUCUGAGUCAUCAACUGCCUCCUCGCCGACUCCGUCGCAAAUUUCUGAAAACUCGUACUCGCAGAUGGGAGCUACCACUUUCAAGAACGAGCCUUAUGAUAUAUACAUUGACCCAUCCACCUCGCCGGCACCUUCGUACACCUCGGAAAUUCCUAUUCAGCAGCACCAUCAAACGAUGAUUCCGGGCAUGACCAGCCUCAGCCCCAGCGGCAAUAACAACUACAUCCACGUCAUGGGAAACCACCAGCAAGUGUACAAAUCGGAAAUCUACCACGAGGAAUACGACGAAGGAAUGAGCCCCCAGAAUCCAGAGGACGAAGAACUUCUGGAUGCUAUCACCUGGUGGCAACAGCAACAGUGAUCUGUUAAUCGAUUUAUCACUAUGAG